GCAGGAGGAACUGAUGUACACUUGGAUGGCUCUUGCUCACCAGAGCCUCACAAAGAUAAUCGCUCAGGAAGUGUUUCAGCCAAUCCCGGGCCGCCUUACACUCCGAUUUGCCGGGCCAGCCAAUCGGGGAUGAGCUCUUAUUAGGCGGCCAGAUCAUCAAGCCGAAGUGCCAAACCCUUUUUCUGUGAGAACUAGGAGCCUGUCCUCCAUGUUUUAUAAGUAUUGACAUUACACAGUGUUAACAAUGCAUCCACAGAGCUUGGCCGAGGAGGAAAUCAAAACAGAACAGGAGGUGGGAGAGGGCAUGGAUAUCUCUACGCGCUCCAAAGAUCCUGGCUCCACCGACAGAACAGCCCCGAAAAGAAAGUUCCCCAGCCCUCCGCAUUCUUCCAAUGGCCACUCGCCACAGGACACGUCAACCAGCCCCAUUAAAAAGAAAAAGAAACCCGGCUUACUGAACAGUAACAACAAGGAGCAGGAUGGACGAAAUGAUUUCUACUGCUGGGUUUGUCACCGGGAAGGCCAAGUCCUUUGCUGUGAGCUCUGUCCCCGGGUUUAUCACGCUAAGUGUCUGAGACUGACAUCGGAACCAGAGGGGGACUGGUUUUGUCCUGAAUGUGAGAAGAUUACAGUAGCAGAAUGCAUCGAGACCCAGAGCAAAGCUAUGACAAUGCUCACCAUCGAACAGUUGUCCUACCUGCUCAAGUUUGCCAUUCAGAAAAUGAAACAGCCAGGGACAGAUGCAUUCCAGAAGCCUGUUCCGUUGGAACAGCAUCCCGACUACGCAGAAUACAUCUUCCACCCCAUGGACCUUUGUACAUUGGAAAAGAACGCGAAGAAGAAAAUGUAUGGCUGCACAGAAGCCUUCCUGGCUGACGCCAAGUGGAUUUUGCACAACUGCAUCAUUUAUAAUGGGGGAAAUCACAAAUUGACGCAAAUAGCGAAAAUAGUCAUCAAAAUCUGUGAGCAUGAGAUGAAUGAAAUCGAAGUGUGUCCGGAGUGUUACUUAGCUGCUUGCCAAAAACGCGACAACUGGUUUUGUGAGCCUUGUAGCAAUCCACAUCCUUUGGUCUGGGCAAAACUGAAGGGCUUCCCGUUCUGGCCUGCCAAAGCUCUGAGGGAUAAGGAUGGGCAGGUGGAUGCCCGGUUCUUUGGACAACACGACAGAGCCUGGGUUCCGAUAAAUAAUUGCUACCUCAUGUCUAAAGAAAUUCCUUUUUCUGUGAAAAAGACUAAAAGCAUCUUCAACAGUGCAAUGCAGGAGAUGGAGGUUUAUGUGGAGAACAUUCGCAGGAAGUUUGGGGUUUUUAAUUACUCUCCGUUCAGGACACCCUACACGCCCAACAGCCAGUACCAAAUGCUGCUCGACCCCAGCAACCCCAGCGCUGGUGCCGCCAAGAUAGACAAGCAGGAGAAGGUCAAGCUCAACUUCGACAUGACGGCGUCCCCCAAGAUCCUGAUGAGCAAGCCCAUGCUGAGCGGGGGCGCCGGCCGCAGGAUCUCCUUGUCGGACAUGCCGCGCUCCCCCAUGAGCACAAACUCCUCCGUGCACACGGGCUCCGACGUGGAGCAGGACCCCGAGAAGAAGGCCAUGUCCAGCCACUUCAGCGCGAGCGAGGAGUCCAUGGACUUCCUGGACAAGAGCACAGCGUCGCCGGCCUCCAUGAAGACGGGCCAAGCAGGGAGUUUGUCCGGCAGCCCGAAACCUUUCUCUCCUCAAGCGUCCACGCCAAUCACGACGAAAACAGACAAGACGGCCACCACCGGGAGCAUCCUGAACCUUAACCUGGAUCGAAGCAAGGCCGAGAUGGAUCUGAAGCAGCUGAGCGAGUCCGUCCAGCAGCAGUCCGCCCCCGUUCCGCUCAUCUCUCCCAAGCGGCAGAUCCGCAGCAGGUUCCAGCUCAAUCUGGACAAGACGAUAGAGAGUUGCAAAGCACAACUAGGCAUAAAUGAAAUCUCGGAAGACGUUUACACGGCCGUAGAGCACAGCGAUUCGGAGGAUUCGGAGAAGUCCGACAGCAGCGACAGUGAGUAUAUCAGCGAUGACGAGCAGAAGUCCAAGAACGAGCCAGAAGACGUCGAAGACAAAGAGGGCGCUCCGAUGGACAAAGAGCUGGCUGCUGUCAAAAGCAAGCCCACGCUGGCCAGCCCGGUGGAGAUUAAAGAGGAGCUGAAAAGCGCGUCUCCCCCCAGCGAGAAAGCAGAGCCAGGCUCCGUCAAGGAGAAGGGGAGUCCCCCGCCCGAGAAGGACUUCUCGGAGAAAGCCAAACCCUCGCCUCACCCCACGAAGGACAAACUGAAGGGGAAAGAUGAGACGGAUUCCCCAACAGUCCACUUGGGCCUGGACUCUGACUCAGAGAGCGAACUUGUCAUAGAUUUGGGAGAAGACCAUUCUGGGCGGGAGGGUCGGAAGAAUAAGAAGGAACCCAAAGAACCAUCUCCCAAGCAGGAUGUGGCUCUCGUGGUAGCUAAAGCUCCACCGCUGUCCGCUACGGCAGGCAGCCCGUCUCCCCCCGAAACGCCGGUCCUCACCCGCUCGUCCUCCCAAACGCCCACGGCCGGUGCCGCGGCCACCACCAGCACCACGUCCACGGUCACGGCCCCGGCCGCCACCGCCACCACCGCCAUCACGGGGAGCCCGGUGAAAAAGCAGAGGCCGCUUUUACCGAAGGAGACCGCCCCGGCUGUGCAGCGGGUCGUGUGGAACUCAUCAAGUAAGUUUCAAACGUCCUCCCAAAAGUGGCACAUGCAGAAGAUGCAGCGCCAGCAGCAGCAGCAGCAGCAGCAGCAAGGCCAGCAGCAGCAGCCUCAGUCUUCCCAGGGGACGCGAUAUCAGACCAGACAGGCUGUGAAAGCUGUCCAGCAGAAGGAGAUCACGCAGAGCCCGUCCACCUCCACUAUCACCCUGGUGACCAGCACUCAGUCGUCACCCCUGGUCACCAGCUCGGGGGCCACGAGCACCCUGGCCUCUUCAAUCAACGCAGACCUUCCCAUCGCCACUGCCUCAGCUGAUGUCGCCGCGGACAUCGCCAAGUACACUAGCAAAAUGAUGGAUGCAAUCAAAGGAACGAUGACGGAGAUAUAUAAUGACCUUUCCAAAAACACUACCGGGAGCACAAUAGCUGAGAUUCGCAGGCUGAGGAUUGAGAUCGAGAAGCUUCAGUGGCUGCACCAGCAGGAGCUCUCCGAGAUGAAACACAACUUGGAGCUGACCAUGGCGGAGAUGCGGCAGAGCCUGGAGCAGGAGCGGGACCGGCUCAUCGCCGAGGUGAAGAAGCAGCUGGAGCAGGAGAAGCAGCAGGCGGUGGACGAGACCAAGAAGAAGCAGUGGUGCGCCAACUGCAAGAAAGAGGCCAUUUUCUACUGCUGCUGGAACACCAGCUACUGCGACUACCCCUGCCAGCAGGCCCACUGGCCCGAGCACAUGAAGUCCUGUACCCAGUCAGCUACCGCCCCUCAGCAGGAAGCGGAUUCCGAGUCGAACACAGAAACACUAAACAAGUCCUCCCAGGGGUCCUCCUCCAGCGCUCAGGCAGCCCCUUCAGACACAGCCAGCGCCUCGAAAGAGAAGGAGACGGCUGCUGAGAAGAGCAAGGACGGCGGCUCGACCCUCGACCUUUCUGGCUCCAGGGAGACGCCCUCCUCCAUUCUCUUAGGCUCCAACCAAGGCUCCGACCAUGCCCGGGGCAGCAAGUCCGGGGGCUGGAGCGGCGGCGAUGAGAAGCGAGGAUCGUCGCGCUCCGAGCACACCAGCAGCGCCAGUUCGAAGAGCCUCAUCCCGAAAGAGUCUCGGCUGGACGCCUUCUGGGACUAGGGACACGCCGCGCCCCAAGCCGUCCGCCCCGCGGAGGAAGAAGA